GUGUGUCCGGGGCCCCCGCUCUUCUCCAGUGGGAAGAGCCCGUUUGUGGGGCUGGUGCCUUCGGGGUCACCCUUUGCGGCGCCAGGGGAGGGGCCCCGGCACCCGCUGCUGCCCCCGCCGCCACACGCCUCGCGCACCUCACGCUCCCAGCGCACCACCAGCGAGGACAUGACCAGCGACGAGGAACGGAUGGUCAUCUGCGAGGAAGAGGGCGACGACGACGUCAUUGCUGAAGACGGGUUCAACCCUCCGGACGUGGACCUGAAGUGCAAGGAGCGGGUGACGGACAGCGAGGACAGCGAGGGCUCCGUGGGGGAGGGGCCCGAGNCUGCUCCGUCCCCUGCCUCCGGCCCCCCUCCCCCUCCGGCCCUGGACUUGGACCCCCCUCCCCCGCCCACAUCCGGCCACGACCCCCAGCAGCAGCAGCAGCCCCUCCUCCCCAAACCCUACGGCUCUUUCCAGGUGGCACCCAGCCCCUCCUCCUCCUCUUUCAAGGCCCAGGCCCAGGACUCACGCGGGGCGCCCCGACCAAUCAGCAACGCACCUGCAGCCAAGCGCCCGGAGCCCCGCUUCGACCCCUCUUUGGCUUCAUACCGGCGGAAACGGGCAGACAGUGCCGGGCCGGAGUGUGAGGCAGCAGCCCCCCUGCACUCGGUCAUCUCCUCGGCCGGCGGGGGCCUGGUUCAGGCGGUGGUGCUGCCGGACACCGCCCGCUUGCCCUCGGGGACGGUGCUGGUGACGGCCCCCUCCACGGGGCCCCUGGGCGGGGGUGUCAUCGGCUACAGCGGGACUCCGCACGGCAUGACUCGAGCGGCCUCCACCGUGGUCACCAACGUGGUCCGGCCCGUCAGCAGCACCCCAGUGCCCAUCGCCAGCAAAUCCUUCCUGCGGGGGUCCGGGGAGGGGCCGCCCCUGCUCAGCCCCCACCCGCCGACGGAAAUCAGUGUGAAGCAGCCUGAGGGUGGGGGCCUUUCCAUGGGGCGCGUGGGGGUAUUUUAUGCGGAGAAGAAGGGCCCCCCACCACCCGUCUCCAGCGGCAACGCCCAGUCCCCCUCUUCUUCCCACCUGCUGACCAGUUCACUCCUGGGGCCGGGCCUGGCCGCCGUGGGGAAGGGCCCUCCUGCUGGGCCAGGGGGGCUGGUGACCAACCUGCUGGUGGGGGCGCAGGGGGGUGCUGGGGGGGCGGGGGUCCCGGUGGCAGUACUCCCCCCAGGGGCUGCCCUGGCCCCACCCGCACCUGCCGUGCAGUUCAUCGCCCAGAGCCCCCCUGGCCCCAACGGGCCCCUCCCGCUCGGCCUUCUCCAGCCGCAAGGCCUGCUCUCGGGGACCGGGGCCAAGGCCGGGGGCAUCGCGCAGGUCCAGUACAUCCUGCCCUCACUGCCGCAGCCGCUGCAGGUCUCCUCCGCCGGGGGGAAGGGGCCGGCUUUAGGCGGAGCAGCACCAGCCGUGGGAGCGCCCCCCAGCAUCCACUUCGCCCUCCCUCCGGCCAAUGGGAAGGUGCUGGCCGCCCCCCAGGCCCCCUUCCCCAUCCUCCAGCCAGGACCUGGGAACAGCGGUGGCGGCGGCGGGAGUGUCACCAUCAUGGCUUCCGCGGGCAAAGCGCAAUCCGUGUCUCCGGUCCAGGCCCCUUCACCGGGCAGCACGGCCCAUCACCCCCCCUUGGCGCCUGGGACGGCCGUGCCCCCCGCGGGGCUGCAGGUGCAGGGCAAGGUCCUGGUGCCCAUGGCCGCCCCACAGGUAGCCGUCCGGACCACCACAGCCACCCAGCUGCCCCUGGUCUCCCCUCCGUUCUCGGUCCCGGUGCAGAACGGGAGCCAGGCCGCCAGCAAGAUCAUCCAGCUCACCCCGGUCCACCCGGUGGUCCACCCACAGCCCCCUCCGCAGAGUGCGGCCACCCUGGUGCCCCCCUUGAGCCCAGCCGCCCUUCAAGGGGCCACCGUCGCCAUGGGAACCCAGGCCCAGAAGGUGCUGCUGCCCUCCUCCACCAGGAUCACCUACGUCCAGUCGGCCCCCCAGGCGCAGCCCAGCACCCCUCCAGCCGCGGCCACUUACGUCCAGUCCCCCAUUGGCCCUGCGCAGAUGGCCCUGGGCUUCACCACCAUCGGGCCAAACGGGCAGGCCAUCGUCCAACCCCUGCUCCCAGGCCAAGGCUCACUCCUGGCCCCGGGGCAAGUGGGGGUCUCCCCGCUGCAGAGCCCCCAGCUGCCAACUUCCUGUGCCGGGCAGGGCCAUGUCAUCACCGCCAUCUACUCCAGCCCCGCCGGGACCAACCCUGCCGCCCCGCCGGCCGCUCACAGCGUGGUCUACACCGUGGCUGCCGCCCCCGCCUCUCCCGCCGCCAUCCUGCCCAAGGCGGGGGGUAGCACCCAGCCCCCUGGGGGGCCCGGCCAGGGAAUGGGGGUCUCCACAGGUACGGCAUGGAGGGGGCAGAGGUCAAAGAGGUCCCCUCCCCUACAGUAAGGCGGGGGGAUACAGGGCCAAAGAAGUGGCCCCAAAUCCCAGAAACCACACAGCGCACCCACUCUGUUCUGGGUUCUCCUUGCAGCCCCUCCCCCUGGGGGGCCCGGCCAGGGAAUGGGGGUCUCCACAG